AUGCAGCAGCAGCAUCAGCAGCCAGUGCCGCUCUUCGCCACGCCAAGGCGGCCCGUCGUUGAAGCCGCGGCGUCCGUCGUGCACAGCGCGGACCACGUGCUCACGGGCCAUCGACGCGGCGGCAGUCAAAACAGUACGUGCCGUCAUUGUAGCACGGCGGCGGGUAGUGCGGUCUUUCUCUGCGCCGCCGCAACACCUAACUCCACCGCCGAUGACGCCGAUGGCCUUUUCACGGCGAAUGCGUUGCUGACACCUCCGUCGCAGAUGCUUCGACCCUCCACACCGUCUGGCAAUCACAGCGGCGCGAGCGCGCGGCGUGGACAGUGGAAGUACUUGAGCCUGCCGCCAUCUCUUGAGUUGACGGUCGCGUCUCCACAGCUGUCCGCUCACGUGCCGCAGGGGAAGGCAGCACCGCUGUUGCCUCUGUGUGACUUUCCGCGACGCCUUCGAAUGGCGGUGCAGCACGAACGAAGCUGCCCGUCGUCCGACACAGCGGUCGGUGCGGUGGAGCCGUGGGCGACGCCCGCUACAGCGGCGGUGGUGGCGACCGGUGAGGCAGGAGAAGCUUCCUCCUCUGACUCGUCCUUUGAAGUGAAUCGGAAGAGCGAAGCGGGGUCACGCACGACCCCGAUAACGACUCCCCGUCUCGCAGCGGAGAGCGGAGGGGAUGUGCCUCCGCUCGCCACUUCAUCCUACCGCCGCCGGCAUCCGUCUCCUGCCGUCACCGGACCCGUCAGCAUCGCGUCGAGCGUGGUCGAUGACAUCGACAUCGCUGCUCUCGCGCAGCCCGACGAACACCGCUGCACGGCGGGAAUUACGAACGCACCGCCUGCCAUCGUGUCCCUCGAGCUGCUUAAGCGAAAGUUGAACGGUGCGGAGUACAUCAACAACUACCGCAUUCUCAAGUCCCUCGGCCGCGGCUCCUGCGGCAAGGUGAAGCUGGCCUACGACGAGGUCGAGUCUCGGCUGGUGGCGAUCAAGUACGUGCGCCGCGUGGACACCCGCAAGCGGCUCGGUGGACUGACGGUGGCGCAGAAGCAGUACAACGCCUUCAUGCGUGAGGUCGAGGUGAUGAAGACGCUGCGGCACCGCAACAUCGUGUCGCUGUACGAGGUGAUCGACGACCCCAGCGCGGACAAGCUGUACCUGGUGAUGCAGUACGUUGACAAGGGUGUCGUGGCGAAGGUGGCGGUGCGCGCGAACAGCGACUACGUGUGCGACCCGAUCCCGCCCGCGCAGCUCGUCCGCUACGCGCGGGAGAUGCUGACGGGCCUGCAGUACCUCCACCGCCACGACGUGGUGCAUCGCGACCUGAAGCCGGACAACAUCCUCGUGAGCCGCGACGGCCACGCCUACCUCGCCGACUUCGGCGUGGCGGAGACCUUCGGUGUGUCCUACCGCCAGCGCACGGAGAGCCUGAUGGCGGCGAGCAUGGCGGCGAGCUUGGCGAUGAGCGUGACGGGGAACCGCGUCGGCGGUCCGCAGGUGCUGGGCACGAAGGGCACGCCGCUAUUCAUCGCGCCGGAGCUGUGGGACGGCACGAAGUCGUACGGCAAGCCGGUGGACAUGUGGGCCACGGGCGUGACGCUCUUCACGCUGCUGGUGGGCAAGCUGCCCUUCCGCAGCCCGGAGGACAUCAUCGACGCGGCGUUCAUGCCGACGGUGCCGGAUGAGUUCGGCGAGAAGUGGCGCGUGCUGCUUAACGGCCUGCUGCACCGCGCUCCGCAAGCGCGAUGGACCGUCGAGGAGGCGCUGAGGUACGUGACGGUGAACCUGGCGCGGAAGGAGAGUCGCCGCGAGAAGUCGCACGUUGCCCUGUCAGAAACACCGUGUGGGAGUGGUGCCUCGGCGACCUCCAGCACCGGCGCACCGGCCACAGCUGUGCCGCUCCUCAGCUGCAGAAGGAGGAGCAGCAGCAACAACAACGGCGACAGCGACUCGGACUGCUCGACCGACACGGAGAUGCACGCCGGCUGCGUAGAGUUUCUGCCGUUGCCGGACGAGGUAGAGGAGGCGCUCACGCCGAAGCUGACGUGUGUGCCACCGCUGACGGCAGCUUCCUUCCACCUCAUGCCCACGGUGAAGGCCAUCCCUUCGUCCAAGGCGGCGGGCGCAGCAGCAGACGGGGACGAAGGCGAAGGCAAAGACGACGGCGCCUCCAAGUCGGUAUUAACGAGCGCUUUCACCUCCCCCUUUGACACCUCCCCCGCCAUGGCGCGUGCGUUGAGCAGCUACUUCAUGAUGGGCCAGAGCACCAACGCGUGCAGUGCGCAGUUGGUCUCGCCGCUGAACUCGAUGCAGUCCGACGCGAUGGUGCCCCUGCCCUCGAACCUCGCCCCCCAACGGCUGACCCCGGCGCAGAUGGGCGAGACGCCGGGCUUCCGUGGGCGUCGUCUGCACCACCACCGCGGCAGCUCCUCGUCCAGCACAAGCCGCUGCACCACGCACAGCAAGUCACGCGAGCUGCCUCACCAUCAACGUCACAUCUCAGCGGCCGCAGCAGCACUCAGCGCGCAGCACAAGGAACACCGUCGGCUUGCCGUUAGUGCGCAUCAGCAGCAGAUCAACAGCAGCGCGGGGUCUGGCGGGUUGUCGGUCGCCACCUCCAUACCGUUGGAGGUCGGAUCACGGAGCAGCGGGACCGUCACACAGACCAGCAGCACAAGCAUGGUGGGCAAUGCGGCGUCUGUGCAUGGGUGGAAGUCGCAAGAGCAAGCGACCCCGCUGGCGUCGCACGACGCAACGCGCAUUCAGCCCUCUGCCAAUGAUGACGUCUCCGCGCAUGCAAUGAAUCGCGUUUGCUGA